CAAGACGUGUCUAAUGGACUCCAUCUGUAAGAUAGAUGGGGUCAAAAAGAACUCCCCCUGUCAUCAAAUGCACGCGCCCUACGAUAAUGUAACCGAUGAUGAUUUCUAUGAACUUUUAUCGACUAAUUGUCCGCAUUAUUUCAAUCAUAAAGGAGAACUGUUGCAUCGGUUGUGCUGUUCGCCAGAACAGGAGGAGUCAGUGACACGACUACUAAAUUACGCCGAUUUAAUCAGCAGGUCGUGUCCCGCGUGCGCUGUCAACGCCAAAAAGUACUUUUGUAACCUGUUUUGUCUCCCCAAUCAAAACCAAAUGAUCAAGAUCGAGAAGACGUCAGGUGACAAAAACCAGUCUUAA